AUGGAAACAGACAAGCAUCGCUGGACAACGUCUUCGGACCAAGGUCCCGUCCACUUGGAUCUCGCCUUCACGGUGGAAAGUGGCUUCAGGUCCGGCUUGUACUCGUCGAGCGUCUGCCUCGUACGGCCGGGCGACACCCUCAAAGGGUCCUACCGCAUCAAGACAGGGCUUGCCAUGGGUGGCAGUUGGGUCGAGGUGUCACUGCAAGGCAUACAGUCCGUCAUGACCGAGGACGCGGUACCGUCCCGCGAUGGCAUGUACCGAGACCAUUUCAGAGCGGAAAGAUUCCUCCACCUCAGCCACCGCGUAAAGCUGGAUGAUGACCACAAGGUGGAGGAUGGCCAGAGGGUCUACACGGUCCCCUUUGUGCUCGUCAUCCCCCCCGGGCUCGACCGGACCAGUGACCGGACUGAAGACAGGUGCAAGCCGCUGCCACCAUCCUUCGAUAUACAGCGCUCAGCGCUCACCGCCUGGAGCCGGCCCGUGCCACCGAGCGUCUUCAUAUCGUACUUGUUGCGGGCUUCCGUACAGUACUCCGGCCCUCCCGAAGACGCAGCGCCGGGCCGUCCAAAAUCUGCCCAUGUCGUCCACCCCCUGACCUGCCUGCCCUACCUCGAGACGCAGCCUCCAAUCGAGACCAGCUGCUUCCCCAAAGAAUAUGUCCUCUCCGCCAGACAGACCGUCUGGGGGUCGUUCGUCGGCCGCAAGCUGGGGCACGUUACUUUCGAGACGCGAGAGCCCCCGCCUCUAGUCUACAAUUCCGAACAGGCCUCGGCAACCGACUGCAUCCUCUGGAUCACCAUCGACGGCCGCCCGGCCGACCUUCAUCGUCUCCGUGCCGCGUCCAUAAAGGUCGAACCGGUGCUCCAAAUCAGGACCUACUACAGCGGGACGAAGCUGGCGGGGACGCCACAUAGGGAAGCCGUCAACGAAUCUAGGAGCAUCCGGCUACACGCGGACACGUGGAGCACAAGAGACGCCCGGAGGGCGAGCACGACGAGUGUUGCUUCCUUCUGGCCAAGCGGAGAGUCGGUUCGAGAAGAGGCGAGCCGGCCGACCCUUGCCGCUGAGGAGGAUACUAUACCCUGGCACACCCAUGCCACUGUGCCCAUCGAGCCACCGCUGAGGCUGCAGCCGAGCUUCUGCGGCGACUAUGUGGCCUCGUCAUAUGCCAUCAUCGCAAAGAUAUCCAUCGGCGGGGUCUACGCCAAGUCAUCGUACCUCUUUUUCCCGCUCCAGGUUGCCUACCCAUGCGCCGCGCGGCGAGACUCGGAGCAGACAGGCGUCGAGCGCCUGGGUCCCGCGCCGUCGCCCUCGCUGGAAAACAAUGUGUGCUGCUCCGCUAUGGACGCAGACAUGCAAAGCAACAAUGACCUCAUGCCGCCCCCCUACGUCGCGCAAUGA